GGUCUGGGUGCGCAACGUAAAUACGAGCUAGCCAAUUCAAUAACAAUACAUGGGCUAUCACGGGAUAAUUUGACGAUCUUGGAUUAUGAACUUUUGGGAGAUGGUUUCUACAGCUGGGACAAGGAGCUGCUGUCGAAGGUGAUUUUGAGGCAUAUCCAAAUGUUGGAUGUUGAUACGGUUGUUACAUUUGAUGAACAGGGUGUUUCGUCACAUCCCAAUCAUAUUGGCUGCUUUCGAGCUUUACAAUAUCUCUAUACAAAUGGCAUGAUUCCGGCUGGAGUACAGGUAUUCAUUUUGGAAACUGUUCCAAAAUGGAGGAAGUAUGUGAUACCGCUGGAUGCGAUAAUCAGUUCCUGGCACUCCACAUUCCUAUACAUCUCAUCACCGUCCCAGUACAUCACAACAUGGCGUGCAAUGCUGGCACAUCGAACGCAACUUCGUUGGUUUCGUUACCUGUACAUGUUGUUCAGUCGUUAUAUUCUCAUAAAUACCCUCAAAAGAAUACAUGAGCAACCAAGACGUCCGGUCCUAAAGAAAAAAACGCUUUAA